AUGUCUCAACAGUACUCCUGUCCCACGGAUUCUAAUAAUUUUAAUAUUUUUAUAAGAUUCAUUGCGGCUUUCUCUCAAAUACUAAGUGGUUUCUUUCUUUUCAAUUUUAUUACUUUUCCAUUCCCUUCUUUUUCUCAGUUUUGCUUUCUUCUCCAAAUACUUCUUCAUAUCAAAAACUCUCGAUUUCUUUCUCUUCUUCGUUCGCACUUUCUCCUUUAUAUUCUUGUUCCAAUUUAUUUCUUCUUCUUCCUUCUCGCCAUUUUUAGUUUUCUUCUUCCCUCACGCCAUUUUUAUUUCUUCUCCUUCUCUCUUGCCAUUUUUAUUUCUUUUCCUUUCAUCUCGUCAUUUUUAUUUCUUCUUCUUCCCUCUCGCCAUUUUUAUUUUUUUCCGCCCAUCUUGCAAUUUUUUUUAUUUCUUCUCUUCCAUCUUGCCAUUUUUAUUUCUUUUCUUCCCUCUCGGGAUUUUAUUUCUUCUUCCUUCUCUCCAUUUUUAUUUCCUUGCUUCACGCAAUUUUUAUUUCUUCUUCCUUUUCGCCAUUUUUAUUUCUUCUCCUUCCCUCUAGCAAUUUUUAUUUUUCUUCUCUCCAUUUUUAUUUCUUCUUAUUCCUUCCCGCCAUUUUUAUUUUUCUUCUUUCUUCUCUCCAUUUUUAUUUCUUCUUCCUCCUCUUCUACAUUUUUAUUUCUUCUUCUUCUUCCCUCUCACCAUUUUUUUUCUUCUUCUUCCCUCUCACCAUUUUUUUAUUUCCUCUCUUUCACUCUCGCCAUUUUUAUUUUUUUCCUCCCAUCUUGCAAUUUUUUUAUUUCUUCUUCUUCCGUCUUGCCAUUUUUUUUUCUUUCUUCUCGCCAUUUUUAUUUCUUCUUCUUCCCUCAGACCAUUUUUAUUUCUUCUUAUUCCUUCUCGCCAUUUUUAUUUAAUCUCCUUCUAUCCAUUUUUAUUUCUUCUUCUUCCUUCUCGUCAUUUCUGUUUCUUCUUCUUCCCUCUCAUCAUUUUUAUUUUUCUUAUUCCUUCCCGCCAUUUUUAUUUAUUCUUCUUCUCUCCAUUUUUAUUUCUUCUCCUUCUCUCUUGCCAUUUUUAUUUUUUCUUCUUCCUUCUCUUCAUUUUUAUUUCCUUCCUUCACGCCAUUUUUAUUUCUUCUCCUUCCUUCUCGCCGUUUUUAAUUCUUAUUCUUCCCACUCGCCAUUUUUAUUUUUCUCUUCCCCUCUCGCCAUUUUUAUUUCUCCUCCUUCCCUAUUGCCAUUUUUAUUUCUUCUUUUUCCCUCUCGCCAUUUUUUCUCUUUCCGUUUUUUUUUUUUUCAUUUUUGGCUUUUCCUUCCUAUUCAUCAUACUACGCUUUCCGCUUUACCUUCUUCUACUUCUUUUUUUUUCUUCUUCUUCUUUUAUUUCUUCUUCUCUCUGGCCAUUUUUAUUUUUCUUCUCUCCAUUUUUAUUGACUUCCUUCCCGCCAUUUUUAUUUCUUCCUUUUCGCCAUUUUUAUUUUUCUCCUUCCCUCUCGCCAUUCUUCUUCUCGUUACUCAUCUUUUCAUUCACGACAUUUUUCGACGCCUACCUUUUAUUUAUUCUUUCCAUCUUUUUCUUAAUUAA